AUGAUCACCUAUACCGUCAAUGGUUGGCUGCCUUUUCAUCAAUUACUAAUCGACAUGCAAAUGAUUGAUAAUGAACAACAAGCAUUUGAAUUAUUUCAACAACCUGAAUUAAUUACAUCAAUUGAUCAAGAUUCAUCAUUUCAAAUUUUUACAGCAAUACCAUCGACAAAUAUUCCAUCUUCACAACAGUAUACACGAGCACCAUAUGAUAAUAUAUUAUUUAAUGAUGAUCAUGAGCAACGACAAUCACAACAACAACGAACAAUAUUGAUAAACAAACGUUCACGUGAACAAAUAUCUGACGAUGAAAAUAUUCCAUAA